AUGGCGCCCUCUGCGGUAGUCCUAGAUGCACCCGUUGCAACUAAAACGAUCAAUGGCGGAAUCUCACACACGGAACCCAAAGAAAUGACGCUAGGGACUAAGAAACGCGCCGCCGUCAUUGGACUGGGAAUGGUCGGCGUCGCAUUCAUUGAGAAGCUCCUCAAGUACGAUGCCGAAGGCGGCCACGAUCAAUGGGAAAUCACAGUCUUCGCCGAAGAGCCCCUCAUCGCAUAUAACAGAGUCGGCCUAACACAAUACUUCACAAACCGCUCCAAGGAAUCACUAUACCUCAACCCACUAGAGUGGUACACAUCCCACAGCCAGAAGCUAACGUAUCACCUCGCCGACCCUGUGGUUUCUCUUGAUGCUGAGGCCAAGACGCUACAAACCUCAAAGGGUGUUGUGUUCUCCUAUGAUGAUUGCAUCAUCGCCACAGGCUCUGAUUCCGCAUUGCCACCUUAUGUCACUCAAGAGCGCUUCUACCAAACCAAGGGCUGCUUUGUAUACCGAACCAUCAAGGAUCUCGAAGACACCAUUGAUUAUGCAUGCCAGGCUCCGGCCGUCCUAGGUUGCCGUAUCCGAAAGGCAGCCGUAAUAGGAGGUGGCCUGCUAGGCCUAGAGGCGGCCAAAGCCCUUUUAGAUCUCGAAGAGGUCGACCAAGUAGUCUUGGUCGAACGAAAUCGCUGGGUCCUGAGCCGUCAAUUGGACCAAGAAGGUGGCACCCUGGUCUUGGAAAAAGUCAGGGCACUCGGAGUCCAGGUCCUUCUUCAAACUAGAGUUCACAAUCUGGUUUGUGAGGACGGCCGCCUCACUGGUCUUUCUCUCGAAGGAAAGAACGGAGAGGCCGGCGACAUAGUCGAUAUUGAUAUGGUGGUAUUCGCAGUUGGAAUCACCCCCAGAGAUGAUCUCGCCAAAGCCACUGGUCUCCAUACGGCGAAGCGUGGAGGUUUCGUUGUUGAUCCUUGGCUAAAGACGAACCUCCCAAAUAUUUAUGCCGUUGGAGAAUGUGCCAGUCUGUUUGAUCAAACCUAUGGACUCAUUGCUCCAGGCGUUGAGAUGGCCGAUGUACUCGCAUAUAACCUGACGGAAGGGCCUCACCAUCACCUCAGGGAAAUGAAGGCACCUGAUGUCAGCACGAAGCUCAAGCUCAUGGGAGUCGAUGUUGCCUCCUUUGGUGACUUCUUCGCCGAUCGAGGGGUAAUCUCAAAACCACUUCCUGGAUCAAGGCCGAGAAGGGGGGCUGUGCAAGAGGUCCACGACCUGUCGCCUGAGGAGGUCAAAAGCAAGGUCAAGGCACUCACAUAUCGCGACCCCUUUUCCGAUGUGUAUAAAAAGUACAUCUUCACUGCUGAUGGAAAAUAUAUUCUCGGCGGCAUGAUGGUAGGGGACGUCAAAGACUAUGUCAAAUUAGUGGCACUUUGCAACAAGCGGGAACCUAUUGGCAAAUCGCCCGCGGAAUUCAUCAUUGGGGCAAAGAAGGAGGGUGAAGAGGAGGGCGACGACUUACCAGACGACGCACAAGUUUGCAGCUGCCACAACGUCACCAAGGGUCACAUCGUGGAAUGUGCUAAGACCAAAGGCAUCCGUUCUUUUGGUGAGGUCAAAUCCAACACAAAGUGCGGAACUGGUUGCGGCGGUUGUAUACCUCUAUCGCUCAGCAUCUUCAAUCGAGCCCUCAAGGACGCAGGCGUCGAAGUCUCCAACCACCUUUGCCACCACUUUGCUUAUUCUCGCCAGGAGCUCUUCCAGAUUAUCAAAUUCAAGAAGCUCAAAGACUUCUCGGCUGUUAUGAGAGCUACCGGCAAGAAACCUGACAGCCUUGGCUGCGAGACGUGCAGGCCUGCUGUGGGCUCUAUCCUGAGCUCCUUGUACAACGAAUGGAUUAUGAAACCUUCGCUGCGGCAGACGCAAGAUACCAACGAUCGGUAUUUGGCCAAUAUGCAACGUGACGGGACGUACUCAGUAGUUCCCCGACUUCCUGCUGGCGAAGUGACUCCAGCCGGGCUCAUUGUUAUUGGAGAAAUAGCUGCCGACUACGGAUUGUACACGAAGAUCACUGGUGGUCAGCGUAUCGAUCUAUUUGGCGCUAAGAAGCAGGAUCUUCCCGCUAUCUGGGAAAGGCUAGUCAAGGCAGGGUUCGAGAGUGGCCACGCUUAUGGCAAGUCGCUCCGAACAGUGAAGAGUUGUGUCGGCAGCACGUGGUGCCGUUAUGGACUUGGCGACUCGGUUGGUUUCGCGUCCGAGAUUGAACACCGUUACAAGGGAAUUCGUGCUCCUCACAAAUUCAAGGGUGGCGUUUCAGGCUGUGUCCGAGAGUGUGCUGAGGCACAGAGCAAGGACUUCGGCCUCAUCGCCACACCCAAGGGUUGGAACGUCUUUGUGGGCGGAAACGGUGGUGCCAAACCCCGCCACGCCCAACUGAUCGCGGAAGACGUGACGAAGCUUCAAGCGGUCAAGAUUUUGGAUCGAUUCAUCAUGCUAUAUAUCCGCUCCGCCGAUAAGCUUGAGAGAACUGCUCGGUGGGUUGAGAGAUAUCCAGGUGGUCUCCCCGCUCUCAAAGAUGUCAUUGUAAAUGACAAGCUUGGCAUUUGUGAAGAAUUAAGUAAGGAGAUGGACGAUUUAGUUGGUACCUAUCAUUGCGAGUGGACCAAUGUAGUCCGUGAUUCUGGACGCCGAAACGCAUUCCGACAAUUUGUGAAUACGGAUGAGGUACAGCAAGUGUCAGAGUCCAUCUCGGAACGCAGCCAGAAAAGGCCUGCCGACUGGCCUGAGGAUAGCUCUCCUCUCCGCUUUGACGUCCUUGAUGUUGCCAAAGACGCCAAAUGGGAAUGGCGCGAGGUCUGUAAGCUGUCGGCUCUCGACCGGCAAACGGAUGCCCCUACUUCGGCUACGGUCAAAUAUGGCGAUGUACAACUAGCCGUCUGGAACAUACCGGGCCGUGGCCUACGUGCUUCACAGAAUAUGUGUCCUCAUCGCCGAGCGUUCGUCCUAGCCGAUGGUUUGAUUGGACAGGACGAACAGGAUCGUGAGUAUGUAUCAUGUCCUCUUCACAAGCGCAACUAUUAUCUGGACCCAAAGCCUAGCAACGGCGGAGGCAAAUGCUCUGAUUCAGACUAUUCAAUCAUGACGUUCGAGGCCAAAGAAGACGAAGAAAAUGACGCUGUUUUGCUCCGUCUUCCUCCGACUGAUGCUUUGGAUGCUGUACUUAGUACAUCCAAGUGGAUGCUGAGGCGGGCUGAGGAAGAGGCCAGCCGUCUCGCCGGGGUUCCGGAUCACUCCAUUGAGAUUUCUGGUCCCCUUCCACCAAGUCAAAUGGAGGAACGCUUGAGGCUCUUGGAUGGAAUCACGAGCCAAGAAGCGCCUGCAGCUCAAAUUUCCUGUGGAAGUUCUGCUUUAGAUUGGUGA